GCAAGGCGGAAAAUUUCCAUCAACAAUAAUGAAUCUGAAAUGCAUAUUUCUGUUAUUAACUAUGAGUGCUACACUGAACUUUGGGCAAUCGGCCAAUAUCAGUGCCUUGGUACAGAAGGCAGAGAUCUACUAUCAGCAACCGCUACGGAACGGAAAACACUUGGAACUUCUUCUAAACAAGGUGGACAAUUUGCACAAUAAAACUAACAUUAAAGUUAUAGUGCAUGGAUUUACAGGAAAUCGUUUUCAUUAUUCCAUCAAACCACUGAGUCAAGCCUACAUGGCUCAAGGAAUGGACAACAUUUUCCUGGUCGAUUGGAAGGAUGCUGCUAGUUUGGACUAUUACAGUUCUCGAAAGGCCGUGGGCAGUGUUGGCAAACAUUUGGGCCAUAUGCUGGAUAAGUUCUUCAAGAAGCAUGAAAUAGACCUCACUGAAGUACACAUCAUAGGCCAUAGUUUGGGAGCCCAUAUUGCUGGUAAUAUUGGAAGUUAUUUCAACGGUUCUUUGGGGCGAGUAACAGGUCUGGACCCAGCUCUUCCACUCUUCUGGCCUAGUUCGCCCGAUAGUCUGCAUGCAAAUGCUGCCAACUUUGUUGAUGUUAUUCACACCGAUUACCCUGUCUUUGGAGAUAUGACCCCUCGUGGAUCUGUAGAUUUUUAUCCCAACUAUGGUUAUGCCCCUCAGCGAGGAUGUGAAAGUGUUAAUUUAAUAACUGCCAGUAAGUUAAUUAUCGACACUUAUAGCUGCAGCCACAAUCGCGCCGUAACUCUUUACGCUGAAUCAAUAGGUAUGCCAAGGAACUUUCCAGCCUUGCCUUGUUCGCUGAGUGCCAUAAGGAUGCGCUCAUCGUUGAUGUGUUUAAUGACUCUAAGUUCCAUGGGUUCGAGUCGAAACGCAUUGGGCGAUGCUAUAAACACUGAAGAUCGGAAGAUGGCAUACAUGGGCGAAUAUGUUUCAAAGAGUUCAACUGGUAUAUUUUAUUUGGCAACGAAUGGGGCGCCACCUUUCGGACUUGGAAUGCAAAGUCGUAGUUGAUGUCAAAAAUACUGUGGUUGAUGUCAAGACUAAAUGUUUAGCAUUGAUAAAUUUCAUAUAGAUAACAAACUGUAGUAAUAAAAUUUUCCAACAGAGGGAAAGCCUGA